UACUAUCAUGGUUGCUGCAGACAUGUUGACGCGGGUGCUUACUGAUUUAAAGUGUGAUAAUGUUGAAUCUGUUCGUAAAAUGCAAAAAGAACUUUCAGAAAAUGUUUAUUCUCGGACAUUUUUGUUAUCUGGGGAUAUUUAUCCCUUGGUUGUUAAAAGUUUUCAUCGGAAUUCAGCUGCAGAUAUAUACAUUCCAUCUGAGGCGAGGUGUGAAGAUAAAGGAAUUAUUGAUUUAAGAUCCAAUCCAUCAGGAGACUGUCUAUACAGCUCAGCAUCCUUGGUAUUGAAUUUCAGAUUUAAUUAUGCUGCAUAAAUUAUGAUGUCAUAUUCAAGUAAUAGCAAAUUUUGAUAUUUCCUGUCAUCAGUAAUUUUAAACCUGUUAAGGUAUGCAUAUUCAAACUUUAUCAGUGCAUAGAUAUUAUAAAGGUGAUUUGCUUAACAUAAAUUUUAUGCCAAAAAGACACUUGUUUGCUCUUCCCAGGCCUCCUAAUUUUUUGCUGGCUACCCAUAACUUAAGACCUGCAUGUCGGUUUACAAUCAUAUUUUUGUGAGUAAACAUGUAGGGCCUAUACAAGCUAAUAAUGCAAAAAUGUUAUUAUAUAUUGUGAACUUACAGCGCUGCAGCUGUACUUGACACGGAUCUCAAAACUAGUAGCUGUUCUGCAACAAUAUGUAAACAAAUUAACAAAAUGUGUUGUUGCUUAAAAUCUGAAUGAAGCUAUAAGUUUUAUAAGUCUAUGAUAACAAUUACAUAAACAUCAUGGUCUCCUGUUUUUUUCUCCGUUUGCCAGUUGUUUCCUUGUUCCCCCAUCAUUUCUGCUUGACUCCCCAGUUUUAUCAUUUCCUCCCCUCAAUUCCAGUCUGUUUAACUUAAUUUCCAAGUUAUUUGACCCUAUUUCAUAAUAGUUUCCCUGUUUCCCAUGUGUUUCGUUGUAACACUCUUACGAACUUUAUGCAGAAUAUUAUUUUUUUUUAUAAAAAAAUUAAUCUUUUGUAGAGAACUUUUAUUUUACGGCGAGAAGGCAUCUGUUCUGGCUAUAAGAGUCGGUAAUAGUUGAAUCAGGCCUAAAGGUAAUGCAUAAUAGGGUCACAUGCUACUAAAAAACGACUGGAGCUAGUUUGAAAAUUUUUAAGGAAGAAGGAGGUUGAAGCAGCAGUCAUGAGAGAAAGAAAAUAAAUAUUUAAAACGCUAUAUCUGGAGUCACAUAAAAUUUUAAUAAAAAGUGAAUACCUUAAGGGGAUAAAAUUAUAUGUGGAUUUAAUUUCGCAGUCAACCAAAAUUUUUAAGCUCCUCCUGGAAAAUUUGGUGUGUAUUUCUAUUUGUAGACAAGUGAAGAAAGGUAUAAUUUUAAAAAAAAAUCAAAUCUAAAAAUAAUUUGCUCUACUUUAUCUUCUAAAAACAACUAUUUAUUUAUUAUUUAAAAUAAAAUUAAAAAAAUUUCUGUCUUUUACCUUGUUUUCAACUUUAUUGGUUUCUUCCUCAUCCUCAUCUUCACUGCCUUCAUUAUCUUUGACCUGGUAUUCAAAUUCACUGUCAGAAUCAAUGUUUCUUUCAUUAACUAUGUGGGAAAGAAUUGACUGUGCGGGUCUAUGUGAAAAGGAAUUGAUUGUAAGCAUGACUUUGACACUGGUUUCAAGAGGAUUAAUAUCAGUGAAUGAAUCUAACAUAGGCAGAUUUCUAGUCCCUUCUUUUACAGCGCUUAAAAUUCCAGAUGCUCUCCAACCACUGGUGACAACCUCCUGUUGGCUUAUUGUAUAAAUCAAUCAGCCACUUCGCAAGCAACAGUUUUAUGAAACAAUUGAAACAAUUUUAAUCCUCUGUCCAAGCCUUAUUUAAUUUCUGAGCAUACCAUAUAUGCAAAUUUUUCUUUCAUGUAAAUCUUGGCCCACGAAUUACAGUUAAAUCAAGUGGUUGGAAAAAAUGUGUCAUAUUUUUGGGUACGCACAACACCAAUAUGUUUUCUUUUUCAAGCAGAUCCAUUACUUCUGAUGUCAUUUGGCAACGAAACAUGUCAACAAGUUGCUUAACUGCUAUUCCGAAAAGAACAACAGCUUUGAUCCAUUUGUUAUUAAAGUGUGUGAUCCAGAAACAAACAAAAUCGUUGGCCACCCUUCACGUGAAAUUUCACAAAUAAGAUAAUAAUAACAGAAAUUAAUUAAAAAUUGUUUGAUAAUAGAAAUUGAUUCAAAAUUGUUUUUUAGUCUCUGCCGUACUUAUCAUGUAAACAUAGAAAGAAUAUAAUAAAAAUGGUUUAAAAUUUCGUCUGUUUUACUCUACCCCUUAGAAACACUAAAGAAAAUAAGUUUUUUAAAAUUCAAUAACACAUGGAUUUUGGGGUUGCCUGAAUUUUUAUUGAUUUCGCGUGUAUUUAAUAUUAUUUUGCAAAAACUGCGAAAAUUGUGAAAUUUAAUCUGCACAAAAUUUUAUCCACUUUUCUCAUGCAAAUGGAGCUAAAUGAACAUUUAGCUCAUGUUAAUUGUGGUGACUGCAGUAAUGUCUCGGUUGCCUUGUACUUACCAAUGUUCUUAGGAUCACAUAUAAGGAAACUUUACUUGAAACAAUAUUGGUCAAUACAGGAUGGGAGACUUGCCUCGCCUACCAGCUUUAAGAUGCCUCGCUUAUUAGGACAGGCCUAUAAAUACCUGUAUAUUACCCAUUUCAAGUUUGGCUCUGCAAACAACCAGUUAGAGCUAAAGAUUCCCACCCGCCCUCCCUAUACUAUUCAUAAUGCUGUGUAGGGUUUGCCAAACUAACAACAAUUUUGUUUUGUUUUAUGUGAUGUCACUCGGUCAACCAAUGCGGAGUAUCAUUGCCUCAUCACCACAUAGCGUUCGUCACCGCAACCAUUGUUAAAGACACAGUUAUCCGAGUUCAGUAUAUGACUGGUUUAAAAUGGCUUAUCGCUCACGCAUCAACAAAGAUGGAGACACUUGCUCUAGCUGCACGGUUUCCUUGAACAACUAUUUGGCUAGCAGUGUUGUCAAGGUUUUAGUCCAGCAGUGGGAGCAAGAGUCCUGGCUAAUUACACAUUGCGCGUUUUAACUGAUGGGGAUGUCGGGCUUCCUAAGUCAGCCAGAAGUUUGGACAGAUACACGUGUGUGGCCUGUUGAUUAUAUCAUUACUUGAUAUUAUUACUGUAUGCUAUUAUUAAUUUAUAAUAUUAUUAUUAUUUAUAUUGAAGAAUAGAAGAGAAUAAUGAGAUGUGAGGAAGUAAUGCCGUGGGAGACAUUCACAAUUGCAGUGCAGCCAAGAUGUGCAUGUCAUUGUGUGUGUGUCAUACCAUUAAAGUGCAUUAUGACGAAGAGAAUAAUGAGAUAUGCCGUGGUAGACAUUCAAGCUUGUCGUACCAUUGAAGUGCAUAUGUAAUGCCGUGGGAGACAUUCAAGCUUGUCGUUCCAUUGAAGUGCAUUAUGAUGAAAUGAUGAUGAAAUGCCGUGGUAGACAUUCAAGCUUGUCGUACCAUUGAAGUGCAUUGUGACAGGAGAAUAAUGAGAUAUGCCGUGGGAGACAUUCAAGCUUGUCGUACCAUUGAAGUGCAUAUGAUGAAAUUAAUGCCGUGGGGGACAUUCAAGCUUGUCCUACCAUUGAAGUGCAUUAUGAUGAAAUGCCGUGGGAGACACUCACAAUGGAGUGCAGCCUAGAUUGCAUGUCAUUGGGAGUGGGUCAUACCAUUGAAGUGCAUUAUGAUGAAGAGAAGAACGAGAUAUGUCAUGGGAGACACUCACAACGGAGUGCAGCCAAGAUGUACGUGUCAUUGUGAGUGUCUCAUACCAUUUAAGUGCAUAUGCUGGGGUUAGUGCUGUUUUUGUAUCUGCACAUGUAUCUGUCCUGCCUGUUAUUGUUUAAUCUUAUUGCCUGGCAUCCCAAUCCAUGCCCCAAAUAUACAAUUGCGUUACAAUGCGAAGGAUGUUGUAUAAAUUUAUUUCAUAAUACAAUGUUCUCUACUAU